AUGUCGCAAACCAUGAACAACAAGCCGUCCAUGUUCUCGCUUAUUUCGAACAACGGAACGCCGGGCGCGACCACAUUGAGACAGGUAUCCGGACCGAACAGAGGCGCCUCAAAUCGACCUUGUGCUAACUGUACGUGCUCGCCAGGACUGCUAUCUAGACAAGGGAGGCGCUCGUCCGUGUACAUGAAGCGGAUCAGUAUCAGUCGGUCAAAUAGUUUGAGGGCAAGUCAAAACCCGGCAGGUUCGCCCAACUUUUCGCCUCGCAAAAGAAAUAGCGGAUCUCUCUACACCAUCGACUCGGCAUGUUCUACCAAGGAGAUUAACACGUCUUUGAGGCUCGAAAAACUGAGACUGGAAAUGAAGUUGCAUGACAUUGCUGUUUAUAUUAUUCCUUCUGCAGACGCCCAUCAGUCCGAGUACACGUCUGCUCCAGAUCAACGGAGAGCUUUCAUAAGUGGAUUUGGAGGCUCAGCUGGUGUUGCCGUCGUGACACGCGACGUGACUUGUAUGAACGCCACUCCAGAAGGUCUUUCUGCUCUGGCAACUGAUGGUAGAUAUUUCACACAGGCAACCAACGAGUUGGAUUUUAACUGGAUUCUUCUGAAGCAGGGUGUUCCAGGAGAACCUACUUGGGAAGAAUGGUCUGUUUCGCAGGCUGUGCAGAUGGCCUUGGACUCCGGAGAAUCCAUCAAGAUAGGUGUUGAUCCAACACUGUUCACCUUGUCUCAGAUCAGAGCCCUCGAAGCCCUUGUUGCACAGAGAAACACCGAUAAGGUGAAAAUUGUGCCAGUCAAGGAGAACUUGAUUGACAAGAUCUGGAAGGUUUUCGAAGACGUUCCGGUUCGUCAGUUUAACGAUAUCUUUGAGCUUGGUUUGGAAUACACCGGCGAAACCACACAAUCCAAGGUGGCCAGACUGCAAACAUAUUUCCAGAAAUACGGUUCUUCCACAUUGGUUCUUUCUGCGCUGGACCAGAUUGCAUGGUUACUGAAUCUAAGGGGUAAGGACAUUGACUUCAAUCCGGUCUUUUACAGUUAUUUGAUUGUUGAAGGUGACAAACUAUCGCUUUACACAGACAGCCAAGCUACUGGAUCAGAGAGUCUGAUAACAUAUUUGGAAUCAAUCAACUGCACGAUCAAGAAAUACGACGACAUCUGGUUUGACCUCAGAAAGUUGGCCACUUCUUUGAAUAGCAAUGGCGAGAAGAUUCUUAUCACCAGAGAGGCCUCAUGGAAGAUGGCCAACUGCAUUAUUGCGAAGAAUUAUUUGGAGGUCGACUCUCCUGUCGCCGAGAUGAAGGAGGUGAAGAACGAGGUGGAGCUGCGGAACCAAAAGAUCGCUCAGAUCAAGGACGGUCAGGCUCUUAUCACAUACUUUGCAUGGCUGGAACAUUAUCUUCUUGAAGAAGACGACUUCAUUUCGGAGUACGAAGCCGGAAUGAAACUGCUCCAGUUCAGAUCGCAGCUUGCCAACUUCAAAGGCCUUUCUUUUGAAACUGUUUCUUCCACUGGACCGAACGCUGCUGUGGUUCACUAUGCUCCAAAGAAGGAAUCGAGUGCCAUCAUCAACCCAAACAAAAUCUAUCUAUGUGAUUCGGGAGCCCAAUUUUUGGACGGAACCACAGACGUUACACGUACGCUGCAUUUUAAAACACCUACCGUGGAAGAAAUCCAAAACUACACUUUGGUGUUGAAGGGCCACAUUGCUCUUGCCAAACUGGUGUUCCCUGAAGGAUACACCGGGUACCAGAUUGAUUCCAUCGCCAGACAGUUCCUAUGGCAACAUGGACUGGAUUACGCUCACGCAACCGGCCACGGCGUGGGCUCAUACGGCCCAGUGCACUCAGCGGGCGUGGGAAUUGGUUACAGACCGUACUGCAACUCGGCAACGUUAGUUCCGGGUCAUUUGAUUUCCAAUGAGCCGGGAUACUACAAGCCGGGCGAGUACGGUAUCCGGAUAGAGAACAUGUUUUACGUGAAGAAGAGCACCAAGGGCUACAACACAGACAGGAAGUUUUUGGAGUUUGAAACAGUGACUACUGUUCCUUAUUGCAGAAACCUAAUUGACGUGAAGCUGCUCACUGCCGAGGAGAAAUCGUACGUGAACCAAUAUCACCAAAAGAUAUGGAACAUCUAUGAAUCCAAGCUUCCAAAGAAUAGUUUGGAGUACAAAUGGCUCAAGAGGGAGUGCAAGCCAUUGUGA